AUGAAUGUCAAGGAAAGGAACAUUAAAUUAUUUGUUGGAAAUUUACCCUUUGAUGCUGUCGAAGAUGAUAUAAGAGUUUUCCUUCAUGGUUGUGGACAAAUUCGAUACCUAUCAAUAAGAAGAGACCCUCACACUAAUAGAAGCAGAGGGUAUGCCCAUCUUGAAUACAGAACUGAACCAGAGUGUAUAGAAGCCUUUAAAAGGCUCCUUGGUAAAGAAAUUCGAGGUCGACCGAUAAAGAUAGACUUUUGUGAUGAUGUUUACCGUAAAAAAUACCCAGAACUAACAUCUGAUUCGAUAUUUGUUAAGGAUAAACCUACAUCAGUCAACCCUGAUAGUAGGAAAUUUCAAGGACCAGUUGUACCACCGCCACCACCUCAGAUCCCAAUUAUACCUAUUACACAACCAAACUUAGGUAUACAAAUUACACAGCCAAUACCUAUACCUCAAACAAUACCAGUUCCACCAAUUAUACCAACUCCACCAGUCCCGCCUUCUUUGGUUACACUUUCACCUCUAUCAGGGCUAAAUCCACUGACUGGUAUUCCUAAUCCACCUCCCAUACCUAAUCUUACUGGGUUGGUUAAUUUGCCAGUAACACACUCAGUGCCUAUUGUUCCAGAAUUAACUGUCGAGCCCAAAAGGCCUCGUUCGGAUAUUGAACUGCUUAUAGAUAACGGUAAAAUAGUGAAUAAUGAUUUGUUCUACAUUAUUAAGAAUAUGUCAAUGUUGGACGUGUUCAAAUUAGUCAAAAAGAUAGACAACUUAAUGGAAAAGUCACCAAACACAGCAAGAUCCAUUCUAAAUUCCAACCACUCAAUGCGUUCAGCCUUAAUUCAUGCAAAAUUACUCUUAGGAUACAAAGACUUAAAAUUUUCAAACUUGACAACAGCAAACCACACACAUAUUUUCGACUAUUUUUUAACUAAGUUUCGGCCUACUACGUUUAUAAACACUUCAAUAUCGGAAAAAUUCCCACUCUAUUGUGCUUUUAGAAGUCUCACAAGCACACAGGAAUUAGAUUUAGGUAUAGAAAAGUUACACGAUCUUGUUACUAGGGAUGGGUUUGUGGUUGAUGACAAGGUUCUCGAAUGGUCAAAGAACUUGGAUUUCAAACAGGAGAUUAUUGACUAUGAAACUUUGCUAAAGUCGGUAGAGAUUUUUUACAAAUUAAAUGAACCAGAGAGUAUUAGUGAAAUCCUUAACCACUUUUCAAAAGAUAUCCACUACAUACCAACUGAAAUUCUAACCCAAUUAACCAAAUUUUGCUUCAGGAAACUUAAUAAUACUGAGUUAACACUGAAACUACAGUCAGAGUUAUACUCAAGAAUUGUGGAUUUCGGUCUAAAACCUGACAUCAACACUGUUGAAAGUUUAUUAUACUGUACAAAUUUUAUAAAAGAUUAUUCAAUCGUAUAUCAGACACUUGAGUCCGUUAUGGAAUGUAAGAAUAUAAUAAAUUAUGGUUCUCUGUUUAAAGUGUUAAAACUAUAUCACUUUUAUUUGUCAAGCAAUAAUAGUAUUGAGGGGUUUAUGGAUAAUAUUAUAAUCACUUUAAAGGAGUUAAAUCAUGAUUCUGGGAAGAAUUUGGUUAAUUGUCUGAGAUACUUGUUAAAGAUUAGAAAUUAUGUUGAUUUCGACUUGGAUAAAAUUUCAAGUACUUUUGUAGACUACGAGUAUAAUUUGAAAGAUUUAGUAAUGAUUUUGAGGGAUAUUCACAAUUCUGAUUAUUUAAUCCCCGAGUCUAUUUAUUCACCAAUAAUAACGAGUUCAUUCUCUAUGUUAACUGAGUUACCUAAAGAUUCAGUGGUUUCAAUGCUGAAGUUUCUGAGUAAACAUGAAGUGAAGUUAAUCGAGGAUCAGAAAGAUCUUUUAAACUUGAAUCUUAGAAUUCAUCUAAAUACUUGUAAUUUUACAACGUCUGAUGUCUUAAACGCACUUUCAUAUUAUUCAAACCCGAAUUACACUCAUCCUCACACUGUAAAUAAACUUUAUACGUACUUUAUAAAUAAAAUGAGCAAGGAGAAGGAUGAGAUUUCAGAUAUUAAUUUCGAGAUAUAUGUGCUGAGCAAGUUUGUGUUGUAUUUUAAUGAUCAAAAUAAGCUGAAUAAUUUGACAGUAAAAAGAUAUUUAAGAGUAAUUAAUUGGAAUUACUUGGCAUUAACAGACAGGAGCAUCUCAUACUGUUUUUAUGUAUUGUAUAAAAUUGAUCGAAAUCCACUUAGGCUGGUACAAAAACUACUUCCAAUCCUAAACUCCAAUAAAGACCGUUACAAACCAAUAGACUUGGUUCAGCUUUUACUAUUUUUCACAAGGUUUAGAAACCAGCAUUUUUUCCCAGUGCUAGUGAGUAGAGUACAGCAGAAGAUUUUGGAUCAAGAAUUCAGUCCCAAACAACUUGUAAUUGUUUGCAAGUGUCUCUACAAUUAUAAGAAAAUCUUUGUUUCUAACCUUUUUACACAAGUAAACUCUAAAAUUAAUCAAAUGACGCCCUCUCAAGUUUGUACAAUAUUUAACCUCUACACCAAAACAAAAUUAAACAACAAAGUCCUAAUCAAUAACCUAAACGAAAUCAUAUCAAACAAUUUAAACAAUCUAAACCACAAAGAUUUUGUAAGAUUAUUAUUACCAAUUAAAAGAGGAUAUAUAAAUGAUAAGUUGGUGAUUGAUGAAGUUAAGAGGCAGAAUUUAGAACCCUGGCAUUAUUUUGAUGUUUUUGACGAGGUUCCAGAACUUGAUUUGGACGACGACCAGAUUAUCAAGUGCAUUUUAAGCUUGUCUCAGAAGAGUAGAUCAGAGGAAUUUGACAAAUUCGCAAGGUUUCUAUAUGAAAAAAUGUUUAAAAUAGUCCCGAAACUGUCGAAAUCACAAGUGAGCUCAAUUUUGGCUAGCAUUCACUCGUACGGGUACACAAAACCUAAAAUUAACCGUUUACUAACAAGUGCCUUGAAAAAAACUUCAGUUACACAAGAAUCAAAAAAUAUCAAGGGAGAAGAUAUAAAUUCUCAAAUUUUCAGGUUCUUUAGGCACAUUUCCAAAGGACCGCCACACCUCGAUAAAAUACACUCUAACUAA